AUGUCUAUUGUCAAUUAGAAAUUAGGUAUACUAUUUUAAUAAUAUUUUGAGAAUUAGGUUAGGUUCGAUAUUCUGUUUAUCUAUUAGAAUUUAGGUUUUUAUCAAAUUUGUUCAUAAAUUUUAGUAAGAUGAAUCUAUUGAGAAGAGGAAUGUCCCUGCUAUCUAUUGGCUUUAAAACACACUGCAUGCAGUAUCAAGCUGUGACGCACUCAUUAGCCCCAGUGCCGCUGAAGCCAGUGGUGGCGACGCAAGGACUCAUCUCCAGAGCUAUGGCAUCCCUCAUGCAGAUGCACAAGACGGGACCGCACAAGAAAAUACGAAAAUCUAGAAAUCCACUAAACGGCAACCCUUUUGCUAAGGGUGUGGUACUGAAGACCCUGAUAAAGAAGCCGAAAAAGCCCAACUCUGCGAACCGCAAGUGCGUGCUGGCGCGGUUGUCCAACGGCCGUGAGAUGGUGUGCUACGUGCCGGGCAUCGGUCACAACCUGCAGGAACACAACAUCGUGCUGGUGCGCGUUGGCCGCGUGAAGGACUGCCCGGGUGUGAAGCUCAAGUGCGUGCGCGGAAAGUUUGAUUUGCCGCACGUCGUCAAGCAGAAGGUGUGAAGUCUCCCUUAGUUCCGUAGUCGUUGUUGCCUGUAAUAUACUAGUGUAAGUUAUAA